GUCUCUACGGAAAUAGACGUGAGGUGAGUUAGUGGUCCAUGGUCAACGAGUAAACAGGCGAAUUGUAAAUUCCUGUCACCUGGAUCAAAAACCAACUUCUUGUUUUAUGAGGAAGUUAAUCCCUUGCCGCACUCGUCAUUCUCGGACAGUCACACAUGUCUCGUCAUCGCUGUUUCAAGAGGGAACGUUUCCUACGUGGCCAAGGUGCCAAAUAUUCGCGUUCGCCAGCGCAUAUAUAACAGAUCACCGAGUAUCAUAUUACUUUCGAGUCAGCCAUGUUCCCCGCUGCAUCUUUGUUGAUGAUUGUCCUCCUGGCUUUGUCAAUCACAGCAUCGCCCGUUGAGAUCAGAAAUUCCCCCAUCACCCUCCCCAUUGCCAGAAGGUUGAACGUCUCCAAUGGUACCAACAGCCUCUUGCAGCAGGAUAAAGCUCGCGUGGCUGCCCUUAAAGACCCCUCCUUCAAGCACAGCGCCAUUACCACUCCUAUGAUCAAUGUCGGUAAUUCAUACACCGUAGCAGUUGGCGUUGGCAGCCCCCCCACAACCUACACCUUGAUUGUCGACACCGGUAGCUCGAACACAUGGGUUGGCGCUGGCACUGCGUACGCGGAGACCACAACCAGCGUCAGCACUGGUAAUACUGUGAAUAUCGGCUACGGUACUGGUUUCUUCUAUGGAACUGAGUACACCGACACCGUCACUCUCGGUCAGGGGCUCACCAUUCCCCAUCAGUCGAUUGGUGUUGCCUCUAUUGCCUCGGGCUUCGUCGGUGUUGACGGUAUCCUUGGCCUCGGACCUGUAGGCUUGACACUUGGUACCCUAAUAGAUGAUCCGACAACGGCGAUCCCGACUGUCACUGACAACCUGCAUAGCCAAGGCACCAUUCAUCGUGAGGUUGUUAGUAUCUCUUUCGAGCCCACCAAUUCGCAGCCAGUCACCAAUGGAGAGCUCACCUUCGGUGGAACUAUCGCUAACAAGCACGCAGGCCCCAUUACGUACACUCCUAUCACUACCACACAAAGCGCAUCGACCUAUUGGGGUAUCGAUGAGAGCAUUUCCUACGGCUCCACAACGAUCUUGUCUACCACUGCUGGUAUCGUCGAUACUGGAACCACCCUUAUUUUUAUUGCCACCGAUGCCUACAACAAGUACCUGUCUGCAACCGGCGGCAGUCCGGAUUCGGCGACUGGUCUUGUCCUCGUUUCCUCUGCCAAUUACAAAGCCCUCCAAAACCUGAACUUCCAUAUUGACAGCGAAACCUACACUAUGACCCCUAACGCCCAACUCUGGCCUCGUGCUCUCAACACCUACUUGGGUGGUGAUAGCAACGCCAUGUAUCUCGUCAUCGCAGACCUUGGUACGACCAGUGGUGCCGGGCUUGAUUUUAUUAACGGCUACGCAUUCCUCGAGCGCUUCUAUACUGUGUUCGAUACCUCCCGCUCCCGCAUCGGUUUUGCCAAAACCCCGUACACUGAUUCCGACAUCAACUAAAAUGGAGCCGCCCAAGUACACAAUGGAUCGUUUUCGGACACAAAGUUACAUAUGAUUUGAAGAUUGUACGAACUCUUCUUAAGUAGGCUGUGGAGGUCGGUCGGCUUUGCGUAUGAUAACUUCUGUGCGGUUUGCUGUGUUAUCCGCCUUUUUAUUGGCACUUCACACGUUGCACGAGUACGAAAGUCGCCCAGAUAUUGAUCUAAGUCCGCAAAUGGGUAGCGUGUGGGCGUCGAAGAGCAAUCGAUGAACAGAUAGCCCAGCUAUCAGCUUGCGGCGUUCACCCCCAUUUCGAUUUACAAAUUUUGAACUUCUACAUCGCUAACCUUUUAGACGAGUCACUGGACACGCGAAUAAGCA